AUGAAAUUAACUUCAAUUUGUCUUGCGGUUAGUUUAUUCUUGACAACCUAUGCCGCUGUCAUACCCUCAACCAAAUACACAGAGUUUAAUUGGUCGAAAGAACCCAAGAAAUUUUCUUUGGAUGCCAAUGAUCCAAUUCAGCUUCAAAUCACUGACUUCAAUGGCCAAGGAUUCAGGGUGUAUGAUAACAAUAAUUAUUUGGGAGAAACAAAUGUUCAAUCUGAAAUUGACGAAAAGUUUCGUCAGGGCUACUUUAAUUUGGACAGAGGACAUCAUAUUAUAAAACUUGAGCUGAAAGGAUCCUUCACUGGUGAAGGUACCGGAGCUAUCAGAAUUGUCUCAGGUAUAGAUAAGCAUGAAGUAUCGAAUACUGCAGUCCUUUCGCGGCAUGCUAAAAAGGCUAGUGAGGGUCUUACUCGGGAAGCCAAAGAUGGCGAUGAUGAUGAAGACGAUGAUGAUGGGGACGAUGACGAUGAAGGAGAUGAUGGUGAAGGUGAUGAUGAUGAUGAAGGUCCCUCUUCUUUUUCGAGCACAUCACAAGAAUCAACCGUCCAAAGCUAUCCAAGCUCUGUAACUGUCACAUCUACUGCAUACAGUGAAUCUCUUAGUACUGUAACAAGAACCAACACUGUUACCACUACAGAUACUCCUGUAACCGAGACAGAAAUUUCGGUCACUACUGAUACAGUUACCUCUACUCAUGUACCUGACGCCGAGACAAGCACUGAGACUGAUUUUGAGACUAUUACUGAUACUGUAACAACAACCGAAGUUCCUUACACUGAAACAUUGACCGAGACGGAAGUUAGCAUUACAACAGAUACUGUUAUUUCUACUGAAACUCCAGAUACCCAGACUACAACAGAGACAGAAAUUUUAACAACUACAGACACUGUUACAUCCACUGAAACUCUUCACGCUCAAGUCAAAUUUGUAACUACUACAGACACCAUAGUUUCUACUGAAAUUCCGGACACGAAGACUGAAGUUGUAACUACCACAGACACUAUAAUUUCUACUGAAGUUCCUGAAACCAAAACAGUGACUGAGACGGAUUUUGUAACUACUACAGACAUAGUCACUUAUACCGAAGCUCCUGAAGAUAAAACGACAACCGCAACAGAGACUUUGACCACUACUGAUACCGUUACUUUAUCUCAACCUCCUGGUACUGAAACAAAGGUUUUAACAACUACUGACACAGUUGUAACUACUGAAAUACCUGAACCCAGAACAAGAACUGAAACAGUCUUUGUGACAACUACCAGCACCGUAGAUUCUCCUGAAGCAAGUGUGGAUACAGACUUUGUGACUUCAACAGAGUAUAUUGUCUCCACUGAAGCACCUGGCACUCAAACAAUAAUAGAGACGAAAUUCAUAACCACCACAGAUAUUGUCACUUUUACGGAAGUCCCUGAUACAGAAACAACCACUCAGACAGAGCGUGUAACUACUACAGAUGUUUCAACCGCUACUAAUACCGUAACUUCUACAAAAACUCCUGAUACGAAGACAAAAACCGAGACAAAAUUAUCGACUACUACAAAUGUUAUGACUACCACUGACACUGUCACAUCUACUGAGAUUCCGGAUACAGAAACAAAAACGGAGACUGUCACAUCCACUGAAGUUCCUGACACAGAAACAAAGACUUUGACUGAUGUGAUAACCACUACAGAUGUUAUGACUACCACUGACACCGUAACAUCAACUGAGAUUCCUGAUACUGAGACAAAAACGGAGACUGUCACAUCUACUGAGGUUCCUGACACAGAAACGAAGACUUUGACUGAUGUGAUAACCACUACAGAUAUUAUGACUACCACUGACACAGUAACAUCUACUGAGAUUCCUGAUACUAAAACAAAAACAGAGACUACUACGGACACUGUAAUUUCUACUCAGGUUCCUGACACGGAGACAACAACUGCAACUGAGCGUAUCACUACAACAGAUAUUCUCACUACUACAGAUGUGUUAACUACUACAGAUGUUCUUACUACUACAGAUGUUCUCACUACUACCAAUUUUAUUACAUCUACCGAGACCCCAGAUACAGAGACUAGAACGAAGACGGAAAUUUCGACUACCACAGAUACAGUCACUUCUACUCAGAUUCCUGAUACCCAAACUAGAACAGAGACUACCACUAACACUGUCACUUCUACUAAGAUUCCUGAUACUAAAACUAAGACAGAAACUACCACAGACACUGUCACUUCUACAGCUAUCCCAGAAACUGAGACAACGACCGCAACAGAGCGUGAAACUACUACGGAUAUUUCAACCACUACCAACACUGUUACGUCUACUGAAGUUCCUGAUACUGAAACAAGAACAGAGACCACUACGGAUACUGUUACAUCUACCAAGAUUCCUAAUACCAAAACCAAGACAGAAACUACCACAAAUACUGUCACAUCUACGGAAAUCCCAGCUACAAAGACAACGACUGCAACAGAGCGCGAGACUACUACCAAUACUGUUACAUCUACCGAGAUUCCUGAUACUGAAACGAGAACAGAUACUGUCACUUCUACUUUAACUCCAGCCACUAAGACAACAACAGCAACCGAAAGUGUUACUACCACAGAUGUUAUGACUACCACAGACACUGUCACGUCCACGGAAAUUCCUGAGACAGAAACUAAAACUGAGACUGAGGUUUUGACUACAACUGAUACUGUUACUUCUACCAAGAUUCCUGCCACCAGAACAAGAACGAAAACGAAUACUGUAACUACAACAAACGUUUUAACUACGACAGAUAUCGUGACUACGACUAAUACUGUCACUUCCACUAAAGUUCCUGAUACCGAGACAACUACCAAAACUCAAAUCUCUACUACCACCGAUACUAUAAUAUCUACAGAAAUUCCUGAUACCAAAACCAUGACCGAGACUGAAAUUUCUACUACCACGGAUACAGUGAUAUCUACUGCAAUUCCUGAUACAGAAACUAGAACCGAGACAAAGGUUCUAACUACCACGGACACCGUUACAUCUACUGAAAUUCCUGACCCGAAAACAAUGGUUAUUACCACUACAGACACUGUCAUUUCUACUAAGGUUCCAAAAACAAAAACUAAGACUGAGAUUGUAACCACUACAAACACGGUGACUUCCACAAAAGUUCCUGAGGCUAAAACCAAAACCAAGACCAAGUAUUUAACUACCACUGAUACCGUUACCGCUUCUGAAGCUCCAGGAACCGAGACAAAAUGGGAAACUGAUGUUUUAACUGCAACAGAUACUGUUACUUUGACCGAAACAAGAACCAGAAUAGCUCUUAAAACUACAACAAAUACCAUCACAUCUACAAUGUUUUCCGAUACAGUGACCAAGACCAUUAUUAAUAUGGUAACGACUAAGAAUACGAUUACCUUGACUAAGCCUUCUACAAGUACAUCAUCCCAGUCUACCUCGACUUCAUUGGAGCCUACAUCAAGUGAGAAAACACCGGCUUUACUUGCCACUGACUCUACUGCAUCCAGUUCCUCACCAACUAAUUCUCCAAGUUCUACAUCUAAUUUGAGUGAAACAGACAAAACUUCUUCUGUUAACAGUUCAAGUGAUACCUCUAAAUCCACUUCAGCUACUGAUACUGCUAAAUCAUCGUCAUCGACCGAUUCUGCCAGGUCUUCUGUGUCUACAUCUCCGUCCUCCACUGCAACCACAUCUAGCAGCCCUUCAAGUUCAGCUUCCACGUCAAGUGAAUCCACAACCACUACUUCUAGCACCGAUUCUACCAAAACUUCUUCUUCAUCUAAAUCUAGUGAGACUUCAAAAUCUACAUCAAACGAGUCUUCAGAUACUACAUCCACAAGCUCUAAUUCUAAAUCCAGUAAAGACAGUAAGACUCCUUCCAGCACCGAACCAAGAAAAACCAGUGCAACUACAUCGUCAAAAUCUACUUCCAAUUCAAGUACUUCCUCAAGUUUAAGUCCAACAACUAGCUCACGUUCUACGUCUGAGUUAGCCGAAGAUACAACAUCAGCUUCUAGCACCUCAUCCAAGCCCACAACAACAGGCUCUAAGUCUACCACCAAUGCACCAACUUCAUCGGAGACAGACACUACCAGCUCUUCCGAGCCUAAUUCAUCAAGUUCUUCCAAUGAGAAAACUACAUCGAACACUGGGUCUACUUCUACAAGCUCUACUACAUCUAGUAAAAAGUCUAGUUCUACUUCUUCUAGUCCUUCGUCAUCUGCAAAAUUGUCUACUCCUUCUUCUACAUCAAGCGAAGAGACUACAACCUCAGCUAAGCCCAGUACAUCUUCAGAUCCAACUUCUACAUCUAGUGAAACCAUUGAAACUACUCCUACUACAAGCUCAAGUUCAAGUAAUUCAGAAUCGUCUACAUCUAAAUCAAGCCCUACUUCAGUAUCUAGUUCUGCAACUUCAUCAAGCUUGUCUUCCAAAUCAACUACAGGAUCAGCGACCACAACUUCUUCUGAUAAACAGACUGAUGCUUCAUCCACAACCGAGCUUGCCAAAACAUCCACAUCUUCUUCGGAAUCCACUGAAAAUAGCGAGCCUACAACCACAAGUGAGUCUCCUGAGGCUUCUUCGACCUCGGCAACUCAGGAUCCCGAGACUACAUCUGAUGAAGACAGUUCUACAGAAACUUCAGACACCGAUAGUACGGAUGCAGCAAAACCUUCUGCUUAG